GGGGCUUUAGGGAUGACUUUGGAAUCUGUGUUUUUAUGGAUUAGGCGGUGUGGAGGGGUUUUGAUGUUAUUUUUGUAACUUUUUUUGGGUUAGGAAUUCACAUUGAGAUAGAUACCAGAAGAGCGUGUUUAACAAUUUUUUAUAGCCUUAGGAUGCUAUUAAUUGAAGGUUAAUCGUCGUUAUUUUCUCCUUUGAAUUUACCUCACAAUUUCGGAUAUUCUUCUAAAGCAAUUUUUAAAUUGAUACUUAUGGCUACAAUUAUUUUAUAUUAUCUUCUAAUAAUAUCUUCCUUCAUAAUAUCAAAGGAUAUUAUGGGGCACUCCUAUUACUUCUGAGGACUUUAUUUUAUCCAAAAUCUGGUCAAUUAGCUUGUAUUUUUCUCCUUGAGAUAUAUUUAUCUCUCCCUCUCCACUUUGAGAUCUGCACCUGACCUUGAUGAUUCCAAAGAAUAUCUCUACGGCUACAAACUGAGGAGAAUAAGGAGAAAUGAAACUGGGGGAAUCUCAUAUUUACUCUAAGGUCUUUUUUACUCUCGCUGUUUUAUGAUAAUUCGAAUUUUCCAAGAGCACAACAAUUCUUUCAUUCCAUAUUUCUCUUCUUCUUUACAUUAUCUUGGACAAGUCUUGCAGAUAUCCAGAAAAUAUUGAGUCAUUCGUCUUCUUAUCAAAUAACUUUACAAAGAAAUUUCCAUUUGUAGUAAUGGUUCCAAUCAUUUUCAAGCUGUUCAUAAACUUAGAGACCUUGAGUUCUCUCUUUUUGCCCUUCUGAGCCCAUCCAUACACUCUCUGGAUCUUAUGAGUGAAGGUGGGCUCGUCUAAAUUUACUAACGUCGCAGCUUCGAGGGAAUGGCUCACAUACUGAUCACAAACAAUUUCCUUAUCUAAGGUAGCUUGUUGAAGUCGAUCUUCAUCAAUUUUAGGCUCAACUUCUUGAAACUAAAGAUCGAAGUUAUAAUUUCAUUAUCUUGUAGGUAUCUCUCCCGAGGCUUUUAUUUGUACU